AUGGCCUGCUCCUCGCCUUUAUUCAAGGGGAACGGAAACCAGGUGCAUUUCUCGUCAAAGAGCAAAGCCACCACCACAAAUGGCUCCUCGUAUGUCUCAAUCACCGGCGCCAACAGCGGAGUAGGUUAUGCUACGUACCAAGUCCUCGCAACCACACCUGACUACGACUUUCAUGUCAUCAUGCCCGGCCGCUCUCUGGACAAAGUUGAAGCCUCCAGAACUGAACUCGCCACAUCCUGCUCUGUCACUAGUUCAGAUAUAUCAUCCCGCCUCUCGACACUAAAAGUCGAUGUCACCGAUUCAUCAUCAAUCCGCGCCGCCGCCGAUGCCGUCUUCAGAAAAUGGGGUUACCUCGACGUGUUGAUCAACAAUGCUGUCAUAGGCGCUACCUCUCUCGAUGACGACACAUCCACUCGCUUCACAAUGCGCAUGCAGACCACCGUGACGGGCCCCGCCGUCAUGGCCUAUGUCUUUCGUCUCCUGCUUCUAAAGGCACCAGUCAAGCCGUACAGCAUAUUUGUGCCUUCCGGCACCGGCUCCUUUGCACGCACAGCCGAUACGACCCGUCAGCGCGGGCCCGAGCCGCCUGGCGAUACUAGCGCAUAUCACGCGUCCAAGGCGGCAUUCAACAUGAUCGCGCUGAAAGGGUACCUUCGGUAUCGCGAAGAAAUCAAAGUGUUCGCCAUGACGACCGGUUUUGUGGUGAGCAAUUUGUGUGGUAAGAGCGAGGAGUUGCGCACGGGAUGGCGGAUGACGGGCGAUCAUCGUUGCGCGAGAGACCAUGUUGAGUAUAUUGAGGAGCGAGAGGGACGAGGAUGUAGGGGAAUUGGUGAGUAA